GCUGCCCGGGGCGGAGCCGGCUGGGGGGCCUGGGCUCACGCAGGUUCUGGGCUGCAAGACUACGAAGCGUGAAAGCCAAAGCGGCCAGCGGGCGCACACUUGAGUUCAAGCAGUUGAGGAGGAUCCGGAUGGCGUCCGUGAGGAUCCGAGAGGCCCGGGAGGGAGACUGCGGCCACAUUAUGAGGAUGAUCCGGGAACUGGCAGAGUACGAGAAACUGUCCCAUAAAGUGAAGAUCAACGAGGAAGCCCUGAGAGCGGAUGGCUUUGGGGAGAACCCUUUCUUUCGCUGUUUGGUGGCAGAGAUUGUCCCAGCUCCUGGGGAUCUAGAAGGGCCCCGUGUGGUGGGCUACGGGCUGUACUACUUCAUCUACAGCACGUGGACGGGUCGCAACGUUUAUCUGGAGGACAUCUUUGUGAUGCCGCAAUAUCGGGGUCAAGGGAUUGGUACCAAAAUUAUCAAAAAGGUGGCUGAGGUCAGCCUGCAUGAGGGGUGCUCCCAGUUCCGCCUGGCGGUCCUGGACUGGAACGAGAAGGCCAUUGGCUUGUACAAGUCUCUAGGCGCUCAAGAUCUGACUGGAUUGGAAGGCUGGCGCUGCUUUGGGUUUGAAGGGGAGGCUAUGAGGGCGCUGGCAGGACAUUGAUGUCCCCUGGGGAGAGCUCUCACUGCUGUUGCCGCACUGGGGUCCUGAGACCAUCUCCACAGAUGCCGAGCCAGACAGACACUCACCCAGAGGCCUCUGGGGUGCACAUUCCUCAGGUAUUGAAAGAGGGGAAGUAAGGGCAAAGACUAGUAGAGGAUGAAAUGUAACAUGCUUGCUUUGCCCUGGUGUAGUAUUGGGCAGAGGAGUGCAUGACAGGAUGCUCCUUUGGUUUUUCAGGUUGGAGACUUUUGCUCUGGUGAGGCGGGGGGGUUGGGGGGAGAGGAGAGCCAGAGAGUUGGGAGCACUGGUGGGCCCUAGCGACUUGGAGCACCCUAGUCUUAGCCUGUGAGAAAGAGAAAAGAGCAAGAGGGUAUAGGCAUCUCAACCUUGUUAGUUGUCUUGGGAAUCCAAAGGUCUUUCAUGAAGGACUGAUGUGCCAAAGACCACAGACAGCCUGCCAUGGUCAUCUAGGUAGCUGUGACGGUGUAGUACUGGGGAGACAGGGCUAGGAAAAUCCCCUGAGCUCAGGGGUUCAGGGCCCACCGGGAAAAUGAGGCCUGUCUUGUAAAAAUAAAUAAACAAAUAAAUAAA